ACCUCUGUUGCUAACCAUGACCUUCAACGUCCUGCUCGUUGGUGCAGGAGAGAUCAACUUUGGAUCUGUCGAAGGGCCGUGGAAUCAUCUGGGAACGUCGCUACGCGUUGUCGGUCUCGUUGACCCCGACCAGAGCCGCGCCGCUGCAGCUUUGGCAGGCAAGCAGGCGUCCGACGCCGCCUCGGCGUAUACCUCUUGCAAGACGUUUUCUACAGUCGCCGAAGCCGUGGCAAAUCUGUCAGAUGGCCUGCUUCCCCAGCUGGCUAUCGUCGGCGCACCGCCCUUCGCGCGCGGAAGCGACGUCCCAGGUGCAGAUAUCGAGCUGCAGCUCUCCACCGCGUUUCCGGGCUGCGCCCUCUUCGUCGAGAAACCCGUGAGCAGCGGGCCUGUAGACGGUUCUCAGAAACGCCGAACGCUCGUUGGCGUUGGGUAUAUGUUACGGUAUUCCAGAGGUAGGAAAAUCAUCGAAGAGAACAACCUCGUGGUUAUGGGAACAAAUGCGAGAUACGUGAUGGCCUACGAGUGGGCGAGGAAACUGCCAUGGUGGAACAAAGACUCCUCGGGAGGCCGUACGUCGCACCCGCUUCACUCACCUGCUCCUCCGAUAGGCGAUCUCUCUCGUUAUUUCGGCGGCGACGUCAUCCUACCGUCCGUAUCUGCCCACACCGUCGUGCACGACGAUGCCCCUGGCGCGCUCUCCGCCAAGCGCUUCGACGAGUCUGCCAUCCCGCCCGAGAAGCGGCUGCCCAGGCUGACGAGCGCGACGUGGAAGUACACCGGCGGUGCGGUGGGAGCACUCACGCAUGUCAUUGCACUGCACGGAACGACGUACGACACAGAGUUUGAGGUCUACGCGGAUGGAUACAGACUCAAGUUGAUUGAUCCCUAUGGAUCGGCGCCCGUGCUGUCCGUUCGCAAACCUGGAGAUGAUCCAUUCUACACAGAGAUAUCGACGAUGAUCGAUGCCAUUCGCGAGCCGGACAGUGACGCACUUACCAGCAUCCAUAGCUCGUACGAAGAUGCUGUGAAGACGUACGAGUUGACGUGGCAGAUUCGACACGCUGGCGAGGAGACGACGAGGCGAUUCGGCACUGGUCAGACGGCGUAAUGCGGAUCAUGACCCA